GACGUCAAGUGAGUGUCCAGACAAGCCUCUGUGCCACCGCCCAGCUUUGGCCUUACGGACGUGCCCAAGAAAGGCUAGACCGACGCACCUACGAUCAAUUGAAGAGACGGCUUGAGCAUUCACUCAGUCCAUUUGGGACCCACGGCUUUCGCCUCUUACGCAUCUCUGUCAAUUGCUGGCCAAGACAGAUCACACUCACUACCUGUCUUCAAGAACGUAAAAGGAUCGACCAUACCUGGAUCCAUCCACAACAACAAUGACUUUCUCAGAGCCUCUCGGCGAGAUUGUGAAGCGUGCGGGCGAUGAGGACCCCACCGCAGGGCUUGAGAACAUCGAUGUCCAGAACUACCUUGGCCGCAUCUGGUGGUGCUUCGUUGUGGUCUUCACCGUGUACCAGAUUGUCCUCUACUUCACCCGAUACGUCCGCACCGUAUCAUGCCUCAACAAUGAGACUCAGCGCUACUUCUCCGUUCCCAACCACAUGUACGCCCGCUUCAAGAAGUCGUUCCUCGACGCACCCUUCUGGCGCACUCGUCACCACCGCGAAUUCAAGAUGUCCGCUGCCCUUGGCAUGGGAACACUGCCCAGUCGCCUCCAGAGCUUUUUCCUCAUCGGCUACUUUGCCGUUAACGUCGGAUUCUGUGUCUGGAAGAUUGACUACAGCAGCUUCGCAGCCGGUGCUGGUGAGCUCCUCAGCCGUUCAGGUGUCAUGGCAGUCAUGAACAUGAUCCCUCUAUUCCUCCUCGCCGGCCGCAACAACCCCAUCAUCAAGCUCACUGGCAUUUCCUUCGAUACCAUGAACCUGAUCCAUCGCUGGUUCGGACGAAUUGUGGUUCUUGAGGCUAUUGCCCACACUGUCUGCUGGAUCGCCAACAAGGUCCAAUCCAAGGGCUGGGCUGCUGUUCAGGCAUCGAUUACUCACAGCGAGUUCAUCAUGACAGGACUCAUUGGCACCGUCGCGUUCACCUUCCUUCUCCUCCAGUCUCCCUCCCCUGUCCGCCACUCCUUCUACGAGGUCUUCCUACACGGCCACAUUGCCGGUGCCGCAGUCGCCCUUGGUGCGGUUUGGGUCCACUUGAAGGCGCGCCCGCAACAGUUGAUGCUUUAUGGCGUUGUCGCUCUCUGGGCUGCCGAGCGCACCAUGCGCUUUGCUCGCCUCAUUAUGAACAACGUUGGCAAAGGCGGCUCCACAGCUGACAUCGACGUUUUGCCCGGCGACGCGCUCCGAAUCACUGUCAAGAUGGCACGCCCUUGGAGUUUCCGCCCUGGUCAGCAUGCCUACCUCUACAUGCCUUCGGUCGGCCUCUGGACCAACCACCCGUUCUCCAUCGCUUGGAGCGAGGAGGAGGAGGAUCCCCACCACAUCGAUGAGAAGAGUCUCCCCAUGACUAGCAAUGACCUUGCUCUCCAGAAGUCUAAGACUAGCAUGUCGUUCAUUGUCCGCCGACGAACCGGCUUCACCGACAAGCUUUUCCAGAAGGCCAAUCUAUCUGCUUCUGGCCGGAUCUCCAUUCCCUGCUUUGCCGAGGGACCCUAUGGUGGUGAGGACCUCAGCUCCUAUGGUACAGUCAUGCUCUGGGCGGCAGGCAUUGGUAUCACUCAUCAGGUGCCUCACGUCCGUGACAUCGUCGCUGGCUACGCCAACGGCACAGUCGCUACACGCCGUCUCACCCUUGUCUGGAUCAUCCAGUCCCCUGAGCAUCUCGAGUGGAUCCGGACCUGGAUGACACACAUUCUCGCCAUGCCGCGCCGCCGCGAGAUCUUGAAGAUCCUGCUCUUUGUCACCCGCCCUCGCAGCACAAAAGAGAUUCACUCCCCAUCUUCAAGUGUUCAGAUGUUCCCUGGUAGGCCGAACGUCCAGAGCCUCGUCGACCAGGAGAUGCAUGAGGGCAUCGGUGCCGCUUGCGUCACUACCUGCGGUACCGGUGCUCUUGCAGACGAUCUUCGUCGCGCAGUUCGUAACCGCGAGAUGCAGUGGAAUGUUGAUUUCCGCGAGGAGUCUUUCUCGUGGUAGUUCAUGAGCAUCUUAUCCACUUUCGUCUGCACUGUUUCCACUCGGUAUACCCCAUAUCACGACACUACUCGCCAUCUCUUGACACCUAUCGAAAGCCAAGAUCUAUCGCAAUACAAGCUCUGCUUAUUCGUUGUACACAUUAACUACGUUCUUCCGGCUUUGCCCGUCUCCUUCCAAUAUACUGUCGUUAAAAUAUUUCCCUUCAUCUACUGCGUAGAGAAAGGCACCUAGGUAGAAGUGGCUCAUGAAUAACAGCAUGUCGCCACCGAGUUUCUCUGUCAGAAUGUUUACUGUAUAUAUGGAUAGUCUAUCCCGAGGAAAUCGACGACAUUACAUGACCAGCUGCCACUCCACAUCUGACACUCAGACGCUGAAUCUCAGA